AUGGACGUCGCCGUCUCUUCCUCUCUCAUCCGCAAAGCCUCCGGAAACCGACCUACCAAAUACGAACAAGGUAAACAAAUCUCCCGCGCCCUCGAACGCGUAGGUCCCUCAUACCUUAACCUCCGUGCUCUCGCCACCUAUGGAAACCCCACCGUCACCGAUGAUCACUUCCAAAACCAAGAGUUCAAAGACCAAGUCCUCUUUCUUAUCCGUCGCAUAAUAGGCGCUUACGACACGCUCAUGGAUAAAGGUCUCGUGUCCCGCGACACGUACACUGAAAUAUACGAACGUCGCAAUAAACUCAUGGCCUACGAAGAACGUGCCAAACAACAGCAGGACGGAUCUAAAAAAUACCCAGGCCGCUUCAAGUACAAGCUCGAGCCCAAAGAAGAUGAUGAAGAACCCCAAAUGUCUACCGAUCACCAGACCCCUGAAUUCCAAAAGCCUAUCGAUCGCCGCACUCAUGAAUUUUCGAAAAUGCAAUUCAAAAAAGCAGUCAAGGGGGGCUUGGCUCCAUUUGCUGCUACUCAGGGAUAUGUGGCGCGCGUUCAACCGUUUGCAAAAAGGAAGUCGAAUGUUGGGGCUCCGGCGUCGUUUGCAAACAGGAAGCCAACUACUGAGACGUCUGCUAGUUUUUAA